AUGGCACCUGUUGAAGAUGUGGAAAUGAAAAAUGUCGAAAGUCCUGCUGCUGCAAGCGACCCAGAAACUCCGGAGGUGAAGAAAGACGCCGAUGUUCUAUCUGUUCAAGAUUUAAGGGAACAUGUCAAACAGCUAGAUAAAGCGGUUACUUCCAAGGAACCCAGGUUUGCUAUGCGAGUUUUGAGGUCUCUUCCAACCACUCGAAGGAAAUUGAAUGGCAACGUAUUACGUGCAAUUAUUAAUCAGUUGUAUCCGGCGGGGCCAGAGAAAGAUGCUUUACUUGUGUUUGUAGAAGCUCGCCAACCUGACGCCGUUGAAAUCGAACCACCACGAUCUAGAAGUGCCACCAAGAUGCCUGUACCAGAAGUUGAUGUUUAUAUGCAUCUUCUGGUAUUGCUUCGUUGCCUUGAUGCAAAUAAACUGGCAGAGGCUUCUGCCUGCACCGAGCAGUUGAUGACAAAAGUCCUAGCUCAAAAUAGGCGGACUCUUGACUUAAUAGCAGCAAAAUGCUACUUUUAUCAUUCAAGAGUUUAUGAAUUGACCAAUAAGUUGGAUAACAUCAGAGGAUUACUUCAUGCUCGACUUCGCACGUCCACCCUACGUAAUGAUUUUGAAGGACAAGCAGUGCUGAUCAACUGCCUUCUUCGUAACUAUUUGCAUUAUUCUCUUUAUGAUCAAGCUGAUAAAUUAGUGAGCAAAUCAGCUUUUCCAGAAAAUGCUAGUAACAAUGAGUGGGCAAGAUUUAUGUACUAUCUGGGUAGAAUUAAAGCUGCCCGGCUUGAAUACAGUGAUGCUCACAAACAUCUAGUGCAAGCAUUGAGAAAGGCUCCUCAGUCUGCAGCUGUUGGUUUUCGUCAAACUGUACAAAAGUUGGCAAUUGUUGUUGAAUUGCUGCUAGGAGAUAUUCCUGAACGAGCUAUAUUCAGACAAGCACAGCUGAGAAAAGCUUUAGCUCCCUAUUUCCAACUAACCCAAGCUGUGAGACUUGGUAAUUUGCAGAGAUUUGGGGAAGUGCUUGAAAAUUUUGGUCCCCAGUUUCGCCAAGAUCACACCUUCACAUUAAUUCUUCGUCUUAGGCAAAAUGUCAUCAAAACUGCUAUUCGGUCCAUAGGACUGUCUUACUCGCGCAUAUCUCCAAAGGAUAUAGCUAGAAAAUUAGGCUUAGACUCUGCUGAAGAUGCAGAAUUUAUUGUUGCUAAAGCUAUUAGAGAUGGAGUUAUUGAGGCUACACUUGAUCCAGAAAAGGGAUACAUGAGUAAUAAGGAGAGUUCGGACAUUUAUUGUACUCGGGAACCUCAAUUAGCUUUCCAUCAACGUAUAUCAUUUUGCUUAGAUUUACACAACCAGAGUGUAAAGGCUAUGAGAUAUCCACCUAAAUCAUAUGGCAAGGAGUUGGAAAGUGCUGAGGAGCGUCGUGAAAGAGAACAGCAAGAUCUGGAGCUGGCCAAGGAAAUGGCUGAAGAAGAUGAUGAUGGCUUCCCUUAA